CGCCGCCCGUACAGAAAUCGUGAGCACCGGGAAUAGGUCAUCUCAAUGAAUAAACUGUUGGAUAAGUGACUCUUUGUGCGACAUCUUUAUGAAAUAUCACACAUACAGCAUAUAUAAACCAGGCAACUUGGAGGAACAGUGAGUUGCUACUUGCUACUUGACUAUACAUGUUGUACGUUCCCUGUGCAGACACUAGCAUCUGGUGUUGAUAAGGUGGCCUGAAUCAUGCACAUGAUGUCCGCGUGCAGCCUGGCCCUGCGUCCCCUCGCUCGGUCUCACCAGCUGGGCCGGCUGAGCUGCGUCCUCCAGAGGGCUGGGCACCGCGUGCGGUUCCCCGGCGUCCGCACGCUCUUCAGCGAGACGGGGCUGUGGGAGAAGGACUAUCGAGCGGAGACGCGGCGCAAAGUGGAGCAAUGGUGGCACCCACGCAUCAUGGAGCAGUGGAGGAGGGACCUGCCUCAGGAGGGCAGGAAGAAGUUCUAUGUCCUCUCCAUGUUCCCGUACCCGUCGGGGAGGCUGCACAUGGGACACGUGCGCGUGUACACCAUCAGCGAUGUCCUCGGCCACUUUCAGAGGAUGAGAGGCCAUGAGAUAAACAACAAAUCGUGCGGGACGGUGACGGUUCCGCUGCAGGUUUCCCAGGAUGCCGAGCGCGUGCAGCAGCUGGUUCUGGCCAGCCCGCUGGGACAGAAGCACCUCGCAGAUCGCCGCAUCCAGAGGGUCAUCCUGUCGCCGAGGACAACGCUCAUCAACUUCCUGGUGGACGAGUGA